AUGAAUGUAAAGUGGUCACUUGCUGUCCUCCUGGGCAUUGACGGUGCUGCGUACACGAAGCCCUUCUGCGGGAAGCUGGAGGAGGAGAAGGAGGCUCACACCAACGAGCCAGCCGCUUCAACUCGAGCAGUGCCCGAAGCCGAGGAGCAGUCGGAAGCAGCCACAAAGAUGGCGGAAACCACCACGGAAGUUCAGCAUAGCAUGUCGGAAGGCCUGGAAACCACAACAACACCACAACGGUCAGAAGAGCCGCUCUUCGGCAAGGAGGAUAAGGUGAAGGAAGACCCCUUCGGCAAGAGCACCGACACAUCAGAGGAAGAGGGGCUCGGGUAUGGCAACGAAGCGCCAGAAGCAGAGGUGGCGCCUGCUACGACCACAGCCCCGGAAUCCAGUUCCACGGGAGCCACUUAUCAGGCCGCUGAUGCGGCAGAAUCGGAAGAGAGCACAAAAAGCAAUGGCGGCGAAAGCAUAACAACAAGCACAGAGGCAAGUGAUGCAGAGAUGGCAUCCGACGAAUCGGCGCAAUCCACAACAGCAACAGUGAGUCAAACCGCUCCCGAAGACAGCGCCGAGGCUGAGGCAGCAGAGCAUGGUACAUGUUAG